AUGAACAGUCACUCGACCAUGGUGGUACCGUCGGUGUUCGCCGCCUUCGACAAGGACGGCGACCGCAAGGUGUCCGUGUCCGAGCUGCGCUGCUGCAUGGCGGCGUCCUUGGGCGAGGACAUAUCCGAGGAGGAGGCGGCCGUGGUCCUCGCGGCGGCGGAUGCCGACGGUGACGGGCUGCUAAACCAAGAAGAGUUCUCGAGGCUAGCCGCCGGUGCCCAUGAAGAGGACGACGUGAGGCGAAGAUGCCUGAGGGAGGCGUUCGGGAUGUACGCGUCGUCCUCCACGGAAGACACGACAACGACGAUGAUUACGCCAGCGAGCCUGAGGCGGACCCUGAGCAGACUGGGGUCGCACGAGCUGGGCGUGGAGGAGUGCAGGGCAAUGAUCUGCAGGUUCGACCUCGAUGGCGACGGCAAACUCUCGUUCGACGAGUUCCGGGUCAUGAUGAUGGCUUAG